AUGUCUGCAAGUCGAAGUGAAAAUAGCCGACGGCCAGUCCGAGUCGCCAAUUGCUCUGGCUAUCAUGGCGAUCCUGCAUACGAGAUGCAUCGCCAAGCGACACUGGGGGAUGUUGAUUUCAUUACAGGUGACUAUCUGGCGGAGGUUAAUAUGGCGAAUAACGCCCAGGCUUACCAACGCGGCGAGCACGCCGGAUAUGAGGAGACGGCCUGGGAGGGAAUCCAGCAAACCAUCGAUGUCAUUGCCAACAAGGGCAUCAAAGUCGUGUUAAAUGGAGGAGCUCUCAAUCCGAAAGGGUUGGCUCUGAAAGUGCAUGAAUUGAUCCGCCAGAAAAGCCUUGCUUUGCGAGUGGCUUAUCUCUCGGGGGACGACCUCUAUGCAAGAUUUGGCCCCAACAUGCCGCAAUCUGCGGAGGAGCUACAGCAUUUCGAUGCGGAUAACAAUUCAGUGAAACCUGGCCCCCUUACCUAUGCAUUCACCGUUGCUGACAAGCCCGUCCCCAUGUUAUCAGCGCACGCAUACCUUGGCGCUCGAGGUAUCGUGGACGGGCUCCGCCGCGGAGCUGAUAUUAUCAUAUGCGGCCGUGUAUCAGAUGCUAGUCCCGUCAUUGCGGCUGCCUGGUACUGGCAUUCCUGGACGGAGACUGACUAUGACCGUCUGGCUGGUUCGUUGGUAGCGGGACACCUUAUUGAAUGCUCGGCAUAUGUUACUGGAGGCAAUUUCUCUGGGUUUGAUCGGUACUCAAUUGAUACAUUCGUCGAGCCGGGGUUUCCUAUUGCGGAGAUUGAUAGUGAUGGAUCUUGUGUUGUUGCGAAACACCCUGGUACAGGUGGUAUGGUAGAUGUUGAUACUGUUCGGUGUCAAUUUCUAUAUGAGCUUCAGGGAAGUGUCUACUUGAAUGGCGAUGUCAGUGCUAUUUUGGAUGAUAUUGUUGUUGAACAAGCUGGAGAGGAUAGGGUUCGCGUUAGUGGAAUACGAGGUUAUGCGCCUCCUCCAACUACCAAGCUGGCUGUAUUCUAUCCCGGUGGCUUCGAGGCUCAACUUCUACUGAAUGCUACUGGAUAUGGAUCUAGUGAGAAAUGGGACCUGAUUGAAAAACAAUUUCGUCAUUUCCUGCCGCAGGAAUCGGUUGCUAGCAUCGAUACGCUUGAAUUUCAGAGAAUCGGCGUCCCUGCUUCCAACCCUAAAUCACAGCGACACAGCACAACAUACCUCCGGGUUUUCGUUGCUGCAGUCGAGUUCAAUGCCGUUCUUGCUGUCGCAAAAGCAUUGAAAGAGAUUUCUCUCAAGCAUUUCUCCGGAUUUCACACUUCUUUCGACAUGCGCACAGCAAUCCCUCGCCCAUUCCUGGUCUAUUAUCCUGCUAUAGUCAAACAAGAAGAUCUCAACGAAGAAAUCAACUUCAUCGAGGGUCCCGAUUUCAUCACCUCGUUUCCAACAGGUCAUCCACCAGCAUAUAGAGCUCUACAGCCACGCGCAAGCUACAACCACACUCCAUCCAGCGAAGAAAUUGCCCUGCUCCAAUCUCCAACCCGGUCUAUCCGACUGGGCGAUAUUGCUCUGGGCCGAUCAGGCGAUAAAGGAGCUAAUCUUAACUUCGGCAUCUUCGUUCCUGACAUUAAGCACUGGCCUUGGUUGCGGUCUUACAUGAGCAUUGAGCGGAUGCGAGAGAUGCUCGUCGAAGAUGACGAUUGGGACGAGUCGUUCUUGGUUGAGAGGGUAGAAUUCUCGCAUAUACAUGCUGUGCAUUUUGUGAUUUAUGGAAUCCUUGGUCGAGGUGUCAGUAGUGCGAGUCGAUUGGAUGGGUUCGGUAAGGGAUUUGCGGAUUAUGUGCGUGAUAAGAUUGUGGAGGUUCCGUUGCAGAUUUUGGAAUAA